CCCCUCUCCGCCUUCAAAGCUCGUGUUUCCACCCGGGUGUAUUUUGGAGGCGCACACGUUACGAUGGCUACGUGCUCGACGAGUAGCGCAGCUGACGAUGAAACAACGGAACCAGGAGCAGCUCCUUACGGCAACUUCAUAAACUAUUACACCUUCAACCCCCCGGAGAACCGCCUGAGCCUCGUUCCCGCCACUUUGCUGCGGGAUCUGACGUUCAGCGACGCACACCGCGGCACUUUGAUCCUGGACGUGGGCUGUAACUCCGGAGAGCUGAGCGUAGCCUUUUACAAGCAUCUGGUUCCGGAGCCCGAUGAGAGGAAAGUCCACCUGCUGGGCUUCGACCUGGAUCAGGUCCUCAUCCAGAGGGCUCAGCAGAACAACCCUCUGCCCGACAACAUCUCCUUCAUCCCCCUGGACGUCACCAAGGACACCCGCCAGCUGCAGGACCACCUCGACCGGCACGGCUGCCCCCGCUUCCACCUGUGCUUGUGCCUGGCCGUCACCAUGUGGGUCCACCUGAACCACGGCGACGGCGGCCUGCUGCAGCUGCUCUCCCGCCUGGCCUCCAUCAGCCAGCACCUCCUGCUGGAGGCGCAGCCCUGGAAGUGCUACCGCUCCGCAGCCCGGCGGCUGAGGAAGCUGGGCCGCUCCGACUUCGACCACUUCAAGAGCCUGAGGAUCCGGGGGGACGUGGCGGAGCGGGCCAGGGAGCACCUGGAGACACAAUGUGGCAUGGAGCUCGUCCAGAGCUUCGGCAGCACCACCUGGGACCGCAAGCUGCUGCUGUUCAAGAGGAGCCAGGACUGAGGGAGAGCUUUCUGCUGCUGGCCCGUGAUGAGGGAGAACUAAGACCUCAGCGUGGGGAGCGGUUCAGAUGAUGCGCAUCCCCUGCAUGUGACCCUGUGUUAUAUUAAGUAACUGUUGAAUGGCAAAAAGCUGGUUCCAAUUGUACAAAUGCAUCUUUGGAGUUUUGUUUUCUUGGCCGGAUGAAGGUAAACAGAUUGAAGAUGCUACCUUCAACUCAACAAUCUAGAAGAAUGAGUCAAUUCACAGAGCUGGAGCCUUCAAAUAUCUUGUUUAUGAAUCAUUUCUAAACAGCUCUGCUCUGGUGAUGACAAAAAAAAGAAAA